AUGGAUCAAUCGCAGGACUUCAAGUCUCUGCAGGAGAAAGUGCAAGAAAACUUGAUUGCUACAACGCGAACGGCUGGUCAGAUCUCCUCAGAAGAUCUUGGUUUUCAUCGAUCCUUCAACCUUGAAGUAGGAGACGCCCUUGACGAGCAAAAUUCACGGCUUUUAGCUCUAUCCACGAAGCUGCUCAAGUCGGCGGCCUCAAUAUCAGAAUUACGCGCUCCGGUUCUUGAAGAUGCGGACGACGUGGAAAACAAUUGGCGGAGUGUGGUGGACGUAAUUGAUUCCUUGCUGGAAAAGGCAGAUACAUGUUUGGAUGAAUACACUGGAAUGAUCAAGCGCAAAGAACAGCCAGGUGUCGAUCAAAAUUCUUCGAAAGGGAGAUCUUCGACAUUGGGCAAUGCAUUUCGGACCCAAAAUUUGGUUAAGCCUCAACUUGCCUUUGACCUUAAGCCAGACAACCACAACGCUACGCUCUGGAAGCCCCUUCUCAAUUCAAAACCACAUGCAAUUCUCUCUCUUGAAGAUAGUCUAGAUACGGUCACAGAUGACUUGGAGCAAUUAUCAUACAAGCAUCCUUACGAGACUGAAAUACUUCAACUUAAAUAUCCAGACUUCGUCUAUCAGCAAUCCGAUCCUAUACCCUACCAACCUGUUGACGGCACCUCUGCAACAUAUGUGGAUACUGAGGAGGGUGUCCUAGAAAUGUUGAGUGAACUCAAAGGUGCUAGUGAAAUUGCUAUUGAUCUUGAGCACCAUGACACGCGUACCUAUGUCGGUCUGGUAUCGCUGAUGCAGAUAAGUACGCGUGAGAAGGAUUGGAUAGUAGACACGCUCAAGCCUUGGAGACACAAACUUCAGAUUCUGAAUGAGGUCUUUGCUGACCCGAAAAUUGUGAAGGUCUUUCAUGGAGCAUUCAUGGAUGUGGUCUGGCUUCAACGAGAUCUUGGUCUCUACAUCGUUGGACUAUUUGACACUCACCACGCAAGUCGAACAUUGGGUUACCAAGGAGGAAGCUUAGCGUUUCUACUAAAGAAAUUCAUUGACUUUGAUGCUGACAAAAAAUAUCAAAUGGCGGACUGGCGAAUACGGCCGUUACCAGAGGAAAUGCUAUAUUAUGCAAGAGCGGACACCCACUAUUUACUAUAUAUCUACGAUAACAUGCGGAAUGAGUUAGUUGCGAAAUCGAACGCUGCAGUUCCCGAGGAAAACAAAAUUGAAAUCACUCUUCAAAAAUCGAAGGAGGUUUCCCUCUUACGUUAUGAGCGCCAAAUAUACAACACUGAGAGCGGUAGAGGACCCGGUGGGUGGUAUUCGCUCCUAGUAAAAACGCCAGCACUUUUCAACAACGAGCAAUUUGCUGUGUUCAAGGCAGUACAUGAAUGGAGGGAUCAGGUUGCGCGCACUGAUGAUGACAGUACAAAUUUCGUCAUGCCCAAUCGCGUAAUCUUCAACAUUGCGAAGGUCUUGCCGAAUGAUGUAGUGGCUCUACUCUCUGUCGCCCAUCCUGUGUCAUUUAGUGUGAAGUCUCGUUCCGAAGAAUUAUUAGGAGUUAUCAAUAAAGCUAAAGCUGAUGGAAAAGAAGGCCCAAGCAUGAUGGACAUACUGCGCCCGGACUCUCUGGGUGCUAUUGCUAAAGCGAGUAUUCCGUCUCUUGCCGCUAAAUCGCAGAUUCCAUCAGAGCAAAUUGUAGCAGUGGUCGACGACAAUGAGUUGAGAACCGAAAACUCCACAUUCUGGGGAGGUGCGUUUGGCAGCAGCAUAUGGGAUGAAGAAUUGCUAGAUAAAACGCAAGACUUGAGGCUUGCGGUUCCCUUACCGAAGCUAUCAUCCGAAGCAUUUGGAGCUGCGAAUGGCGUCAACCCUCCUGUUCCGAAGUUUGACUCUGCCCCUUCGAUGGCGACGUCUCCUGUCGUGUCGAGGGACAAACUCGAUGAGCCGUUCGUGCUCAAGCGUGGUUCGAAACGGAAGAGCGAAGCCGUCGAAAAUGCCGAAGAAGAAGAAGAAGCCAGCGGUGAAUAUGACAUAUCACUCAAUGACCUCGAAGAGAAUGAUACUGGAGACGAUGGCCUAACAAAGAAAGAGCGGAAAGCUCAGCGCAAAGCAGAGAAGAGAGCCAAAAAGGAGGCCAAGGCUGCCGCCAAGGCUGCUCAAACGGAGGAAUCGGGACCAGAAGAAGAAGAAGAAGAACCUUUCGACUAUAACAAAGCCGAGCCUGUAUUAAAUGCAAAACGGAAGGACGAAAAAAGCAUCGGAAAAAGCAAGGGGAAAAGGGGGCAACCACAGGCACCAUUCGAUCCUUAUUCAAAGAGUGCUGACGCGCCGAAGGGUAUGAGGAGGGCGCAGACGGAAAGAGCAGGUAAAAGCCAUACAUUUAGAAACUGA